AUGUUUUUUAAUGGUAAUUUACACACAGGAAGAGCAGUUUUUGAUGUGUUGAUAUCAAACAUGUGUGAAGUGUUUAAUGGGAAGAUAGAGAAAGGAAGGGAUAAACCUGUCAUUGGAUGUUUAGAAUUCAUAAGGGAGUAUCUAAUGAAGAGGAUAUGCAAUGUCAAGAAGGAAAUGAAAAAGGCUAAAGGUCCACUAACACCCACAGCAACAAACAUCCUAGCUGCAAGAAAAACAGUUGCUUCACAAUACAUUGCUAGGUGGAAUGGGGGAGACAAGUAUCAAGUCACAGGAGCUUUGCAGGAUCAACAUGUGGUUGAUGUUAGGAACAAAACAUGCACUUGCAGAAAAUGGGAAUUAAUUGGAAUUCCAUGCAGACAUGCAAUUGCAACUCUGAAUGAGAUGAGUAAAGACCCAGAGGCUGAGCUUGACAUUUACAAAUGGGUUCACAAGGUGUAUUUUCUAGAGACAUGGAAAAAGGCUUAUUCUUUUAAGGUGGAGCCAAUUAAGGGUAGAUCCAUGUGGCCCAAAAGUGAAUGUCCCACAAAGCUAAUCCCUCCUCCACAUCGCACUCAAGUGGGAAGGCCUAAGAAAAAGAGAAGACAAGUGAGGGUGAAAGGUUAA